AUGUGGCUCAGAAAGUAAUCUUCCACGUCAGUAGGAAGUAGUGGAGAGCCACAGAGACAUCUCGCCAAAGGGUUCACCUGAGCAUUUUUACAGAUGUAAUUAUCCCAGAUUGAGUGUCGAAGGCCACUUCGGGGUAUAAUUGUUGUGCUAUCAGGUAUUUUUCAGCAAGCAGCAUUCUAAAGGAUUCUUUUAAACGGAUUCAAGCCCAGCAGCAAAAUGACAGCUGCGGAGAACGUUUGUUACACUCUGAUCAAUGUGUCAUCUGAGUCAGAACCCCCUUCUGAAGUCAGCCUUAAAGCUGAUCUAGAAAAAGGGGAGAUCAAGGCAAAGACUGAAGCCCUGAAGAAGGUUAUCAUCAUGAUCCUGAAUGGUGAGAAGCUGCCAGGACUGCUGAUGACCAUAAUCCGCUUUGUGCUGCCGCUUCAAGACCACACCAUCAAAAAGCUACUGCUGGUUUUCUGGGAGAUUGUUCCCAAAACAACCCCAGAUGGAAAACUGCUCCAGGAGAUGAUCCUGGUCUGCGAUGCCUACAGAAAGGACUUGCAGCAUCCCAAUGAGUUCAUCCGUGGCUCCACUCUGCGCUUCCUGUGCAAGCUGAAGGAGUCCGAGCUGCUGGAGCCUCUCAUGCCAGCGAUCCGGGCCUGCCUGGAGCACCGGCACAGUUAUGUGCGCCGCAACGCCGUCCUGGCAAUUUACACCAUCUAUAGGAACUUUGAGCAUCUCAUCCCUGACGCUCCAGAGUUGAUCCAUGAUUUUCUUGUCAAUGAGAAAGACGCCAGCUGUAAGAGAAAUGCUUUCAUGAUGCUGAUCCAUGCAGACCAGGAUCGAGCUCUGGAUUACCUCAGCACAUGUAUUGACCAAGUUCACACUUUUGGUGACAUUCUCCAGCUGGUCAUUGUGGAGCUGAUCUACAAAGUUUGCCAUGCUAACCCGUCUGAGCGCGCCCGGUUCAUCCGAUGCAUCUACAACCUGCUGCAGUCCUCCAGUCCGGCGGUCAAGUACGAAGCUGCCGGCACUCUUGUUACCCUCUCCAGUGCUCCCACAGCUGUUAAGGCUGCUGCCCAGUGCUACAUUGAUUUGAUCAUCAAGGAGAGCGACAACAAUGUGAAGCUGAUUGUUCUUGAUCGUCUGAUUGAACUGAAGGAGCACCCCACUCACGAGCGCGUACUCCAGGAUCUCGUGAUGGACAUCCUGCGUGUUCUCAGCACUCCUGACCUGGAAGUGAGGAAGAAGACCCUGCAGCUGGCGCUGGAUCUGGUUUCGUCGCGCAAUGUUGAAGAGUUGGUGAUCGUCUUGAAGAAAGAAGUGAUCAAAACAAACAACGUAUCAGAACAUGAAGAUACUGAUAAGUACAGGCAGCUGUUGGUGCGCACUCUCCACUCCUGUAGUGUGCGCUUCCCUGACAUGGCAGCCAAUGUCAUUCCUGUGCUGAUGGAGUUCCUAAGUGACACUAACGAGGCGGCUGCUGCUGAUGUGCUGGAGUUUGUACGGGAGGCCAUUCAGCGCUUUGAGAACUUGAGACCCCUCAUCACCGAGAAAAUGCUGGAAGUCUUUCACGCAAUAAAAACUGUCAAGAUCUACAGGGGAGCGUUGUGGAUCUUGGGAGAAUACUGUAGCACCAAGGACGACAUCCAGAGUGUGAUGACAGAAGUGCGCAGGUCCUUGGGCGAGAUCCCGAUUGUAGAAAAUGAGAUAAAGAAAGAGACCGGAGAGGUGAAACCAGAUGAUGAAGUAAGUGCGGCUCCAGCCCAGAAGCUGGUGACAGAAAUGGGCACCUAUGUGACACAAAGCGCUCUCAGCUCGUCCAGACCUUCGAAGAAAGAAGAAGAUAGACCUCCACUCAGAGGCUUCCUGAUGGAUGGAGACUUUUAUGUGGCAGCUUCCCUGGCCACCACACUGACCAAAGUGGCCUUGCGCUACGUUGCCAUAGUUCAAGACAAAAAGAAACAAAACUCCUUUGUGGCGGAGGCCAUGCUGAUCAUGGUCACUGUGCUGCACCUGGGCAAGUCCUCUCUGCCCAAGAAGCCGAUUACAGACGAUGACGUGGACCGCAUCUCGCUGUGCCUCAAGGUCCUGUCAGAGUGCUCGCCACUUAUGAACGACAUUUUCAACAAGGAGUGCCGCAGAUCCCUGUCACAUAUGCUGACUGUCAGACUGGAGGAAGAGAAGCUAUCACAGAAGAAAGAGUCUGAGAAACGCAACGUCACAGUGCAGGCAGACGACCCCAUCUCCUUCAUGCAGCUGACUGCCAAAAGCGAGAUGGCUUCUAAGGAGGACCAGUUCCAGCUCAGUCUGCUGGCUGCCAUGGGCAACACUCAGAGGAAGGAGGCUGCUGAUCCACUCGCAUCCAAACUCAACAAGGUGACCCAGUUGACAGGCUUUUCAGACCCAGUAUAUGCUGAAGCCUAUGUUCAUGUCAACCAGUAUGACAUCGUGGAUGUGCUGGUGGUCAACCAAACCAGUGACACUCUCCAGAAUUGCACUCUUGAGCUGGCCACUUUAGGUGACCUCAAGUUGGUCGAGAAGCCUUCACCUCUAACUCUGGCUCCCCACGAUUUUGCUAACAUCAAGGCCAAUGUCAAGGUGGCUUCCACGGAGAACGGCAUUAUAUUUGGCAACAUUGUCUAUGAUGUGUCGGGAGCUGCUAGCGACAGGAACUGCGUGGUCCUCAGCGACAUCCACAUUGACAUCAUGGACUACAUCCAGCCAGCUUCGUGCACAGAUGCAGAAUUCAGACAGAUGUGGGCAGAGUUUGAGUGGGAAAACAAGGUAACGGUGAACACCAACAUCACUGAUCUGAACGAGUACCUUCAGCACAUCCUCAAGUCCACCAACAUGAAGUGUCUGACUCCCGAGAAGGCACUCUCUGGCUUCUGCGGCUUCAUGGCUGCCAACCUUUAUGCUCGUUCUAUCUUUGGAGAAGACGCCCUGGCUAAUGUCAGCAUCGAGAAGCCCAUCCACCUGGGGCCGGACGCACCUGUCAACGGACACAUCCGCAUUAGGGCCAAAAGUCAGGGGAUGGCCUUGAGUCUGGGUGACAAGAUCAACCUCUCUCAAAAGAAGUCAAAUGUCUGAGACAAAUCUGGUCCAGCUGUAAAAAUGUCACCUGCUGUUGUUUUCUAUCAUCCAUCUUUUCAACACAGAUAAUUAAGAACUCUACAUGGUUAGUUGCUUCCGUGCUGUUUUUCUUUCUUUUUUAUCUAACAUCACCGCUGUCACUUUAGUAAUUUUCUUUCCCUGUUCUGCUUAAUUUUCAAUAAACGUAUUAAAAGUGA